CAGGGGAUGACGCUAGCGGGGAAAUCGUCACGCUCUAGUUUAGAUGGCGGAGUAGCGUUUGAUCAUCUUCAGUCAGUGCUUUAGAGGCCACUAAGCAAAUCCUAGGAUAGACGAACGACGCUCGACCACGCGUUAACGGCGGGACGAUCGAAAUACAACACGCGGUAUAUCUGGAAGUGUGUGCGGUAGCGUGAGGUGAUCUUGAAAACUUCAGUUACCAGUAUAUCUAACAAGAAGCCGAUUUCAUGUCAACGAAUACGAGAUAGAACAAGAAGAGCAUGGGAGUGGCAGAGGACAUCGCUCCCAGCUUCACGCAGAAACCGCAGCUGAGGCAGGAAGAUGACGGGAACAAGCUCAUAUUCGAGUGCCAGCUGCUGGCAUCCCCCAAGCCGGAAAUACAGUGGUUCCGCAGUGACGUAGCGCUUACUGAGGACGGAAGGACGAACUUCAAGAUCCAGUCGAUAGGUCCCAACAAGUUUCUGGUCGUGCUCGAGCUGGACGAUGUCAUCGAGACUGAUGCCGGCCUUUAUAAGGUCAAAGCGAAGAAUGCCAUGGGGGAGGUUGCGGCAUCGAUCAACCUCAAUUUUAGCCCCAUGGAUGAACCGAAAGAAAAACAAAUUGACGGCUUAGCACCCACUUUCGCAAAAAAGCCAGCGAUUCGACAGGAAGAAGAUGGAAAGAGGCUGCUUUUCGAAUGUCGAAUCCAGGCUGACCCCCGUCCAGUCGUUAGUUGGUUCCACAAUGGCAACGCUGUCUCUGAGGGCCCACGUCAUAAGUUGAUCAUCGAUAAAGAUGGACACUCGUACUUUUCUACCCUAGAAAUAAAAAAUGUCACGGUAGAGGACGCUGGCAAAUAUAAAGUAACAGCAAAAAAUGACUUGGGAGAAAGUAACGCAACAAUCAGCCUUAACUUUGACAGCGAUGAAGCACCGGUGCCAGAGAAGGAGGGCAUCAGGCCCACUUUCACUGAACGCCCUGUCAUCCGGCAGACUGACGACGGGACCAAGAUUACCUUCGAAUGCCGCUGUGUCGGAGAUCCCAAACCCGAAAUCGACUGGUACCACGGCAAAGAGGAGAUCCAGCCUAACAGCAAGUACGCAGUAUCAAUGGAAGUCGACCAGACGCUCUACUACCUGGCACGCCUCGAAAUCAAUAACGUGAAGAAGAACGACCGCGGAGAGUACCGAGCCGUGGCCAGGAACAGACACGGUCAAGGCGUGGCGACCAUCAAUCUCAACUUCGAAGGCAGCGACAAACCCAAAAUCCCUGACGGCAAGGCGCCCAGGUUUCCCAAGAAGCCCACCAUCAGGCAAGAGGGCGACGUCCUCAUCAUGGAGUGCCUUCUGGAGGCUCACCCGGACCCAGACAUAACCUGGUUCCAGAGCGAGACGAGCAUAGCAGACAGCUCGCGUGUCCGCAUGCUCAGAAAGACCACCAGCAAAGACACUUACCUUCUGACGCUCGAAAUCGCGAACCCGACUCGCGAAGACGGCGGCCAUUACAGGUGCAAUGCCUUCAAUGAGUUCGGCGAGAGCAACGCGAAUAUCGCGCUGAACUUCCAAGGUGGGGACAGUGCUGAUGGUUUCGCACCAUCCUUCAUCGAGAAACCAAAAAUUAUUCCUAAUGAGAGCGGUACUCUCAUCACUAUGAAAUGCAGGUGUAAAGCCAAACCGAAACCGGACGUCACGUGGUUCCGAGGAACCACUGUCGUCAAAGAAUCUUCCAAAAUCAAAAUCAGAGUCGUUGAUAUCGAGGAAGAUAAAUACGAAUUGUCACUUGAGAUAAAAGAUCCCGCAGGUCCAGACGGUGGGACCUACAGGUGCCAUGUCAAGAACGAAUACGGCGAAAGCAACGCGAACCUGAACCUGAACAUCGAGGCAGAACCGGAACUAGAAGGAGAUGGACCAACGUUCGUCGAAAAACCAAGGAUUACCUCCCACGAUGGUGGUAAACUGGUCAUAAUGGAGUGCAAGGUUCGUGCCAAUCCCAAGCCAGUUAUCAUGUGGUACAGGGAGAACAAAGAGGUAACGGAAUCAUCCAAGAUAAGUAUAAGUGUGAAGCAAGUGGAAGACGAUGUGUACUACAUCAAACUAGAGUUGAAAGAUCCGGGAACGGAGGAUUCCGGUUUGUAUAAAUGCAACAUAAAGAAUACACUGGGAGAACUCAAUGCCAAUUUGACAUUGAACAUUGAGAUCAUCCCUGUCAUCAAGGAGAAGCCUAGAGUCAUUAAGAUAGUGAAGAAGAAGACGGUCAUCGUGGAAUGCAAAGUUCUCAGCAAGUUUGCGCCAGAUUGUACCUGGUUCAAAGAAGCUGACGCAGUUAAACAGGAUUCGAGGCAUACUGUGCAUGUGGAACAAGUUAAAGAUGGUGAAUUCGCUGUCAAACUUGAGAUCAAUGAAGUUCAAAAAUCCGACAAAGGUAUGUAUAAGUUGGUUGCCAAAAAUGAGAAAGGUGAAGCGACUUCCCAGAUGGUCGAGGUCACCGAAUUGCCUCCUGAAGAAAAACCUAAGGGCGAAAAACCUAAACUAACGAAGCUAACGAACAUAGUUACCGAAGAAGGCAAAUCCGUGGAUUUCAUAACGUCACUAAAAAUAGAGGACAAAACCAUCAAGAUCACUUGGUACAAGAACACCACAGUCAUCACGCAUUCCUCGGAAGUUAAAAUCACUUUCGACGGCACUGUGGCCAGACUCAGUAUUAGCAAAUGCAAAGUAUCACAUUCCGCUACUUAUAAAUGUGUAGCUAAAAACGAAUUCGGUGAAGAUGAAGCUUCUGCUGUUCUGACAGUCAAAGAGAAAGAGGAGGAAGAAGAGUCAGAAGAAGAGGAGGAGGAGGAAGAAGAGGAAGUUGUUGAGGAGAAGAAAAUUGAGAAGAAAGAGGAUAAGAAAGAAGAGAAGAAAGUAGAAAAGAAAGAAGAAAAGAAAGUAGAGAAAAAGGUUGAAAAGAAGGAGGAACUGAAAGAGAAACUCAUAAUCGACAAGAAGGCAGAGGAGAAGAAGAAAGUCAACGAUAUCGAGAAGUUGGACCAGAAGAAAGAGGAAACCAAAUCCGCAGAGAAAAAGACCACUAGACGCACUUCAGUCCAACAGAGCGAGGAAUACAAAUCAGAAUCUCGUAGAAGUUCAGUGACUAAAAGUGGGGAAUCUAUUUUGGAAGAUGGCAAGGUUAUUAGUAGAAAAUCUUCCAUGGCUCAAGUCAACGAGGAAAAUAAAACUGACUCUAGGCGUUCCUCUGUUACGGACGAGAGAAAAAAGAUAACUAGAGACACUACAAAACUGGAGUCCACAAAAGAAGUGAAAACACCUGACACUCCAUCCAAUCACAUAGAAGACGCUUCUUCAAAGAAAGCAGAACCGAAAAAAGAGCCGGUAAAGAAACCAGAAACGAAACUCAAAUCGCCACCACCAAAACAAAGGCCAGAAUCAGUCAAAACUGAAACCAAAACGACUGCAAACACAGCCGAACGAAAAACCAGUAUCACCACACAAAAAACCGAACCUGACAAGCCUCUUGGCAAACCUCAGGAAGAGAAGCCCAAACUAUCUGCUCCUCAAGAAAAGGCUGCAGAGCCCGCGAAACCAUCGAAACCAACACCUACCACAACCACAACCAAACCUGAACAACCUGCAACAAAGCCCAUAGAGGAGAGUAAAACACCUAUCACAAAACUCACGACACCUGUCGAGAAGAAAGCAGAACAAAAAACUUCAGAACUGAAAGUCACUAACUUGGAAGAUAGGAGGGCAUCUUUGAAGAAGACAGAGGAAAAGCAACCAGAACAACCUGCUCUAAAGAAAACUACGGUAGACAAACAGAAAACGACUGUGAAGAAAACAAAGAAGGAUGACAAGGAGACAUACAACGAAUGGGAAAAUAUUCCAGAUUACGAAAGACCAGUACUGGAGAAAUUUGAAAAGCAUGCGCCAGUAGAGUAUGCCGGUAGAGAGAAAACCAAACUAUCCAAGGAAAAACCGAGCCUAGCAGUCGAAGGCAAAGAGAAACAGCCUACUCAGGCUACCAUCUCCGAUCAACCUAGGCCGAGCCUUCCCCAAAUAAAAACACCUGAGGCGCCAAAGAUCGAAGUGAGCAAAGAGCGCACUCCAGAGCCUAGGAAGAAAUCCCUAGAACCUGGAUCAGGCCCAGGAAGCCGAAGAGGUUCACUUAUACCUCCAGAGGCUAUGGGACGACGGGCCAGUCUCAUCAUCACUGACGAGGAACGUAGGAAACUUCGUCCUGGAGAGGUUUUGGAGGAGAAAAAGCGCCGGCGACCCAGCUCGGAUGUGAGAAGGCCUAGUUUGGCGGAAAUGGAAGACCUGGUUAACAAACCCUCGACACCUUUAAGGCCUUCUGGACCGAAGGGAGCUGCUCCUACAAUCGUGGACGUUCAAGAAAAUUAUUCGGCAGUGGAAGAUCAAACGGCCUACAUUACUAUUCAAGUUGAGGGCGACCCACCACCAACAUUCAAAUUCUAUAAGGGUAUGACUGAGAUCAUUGAGGGUGGUCGUUUCAAGUUCGUAACGGAUGGAGAAGCGAACCUCAUUACCCUCUGUAUAAGGAAAGUGAAACCCAACGAUGAAGCCCAAUACAAAGUUGUGGUAUCUAAUGUUCAUGGUGAAGACAGUGCAGAAGUUGUUCUAUAUGUAGCAGGUGCUGGAGGCUUGGACUUCCGGUCUAUGCUAAUCAAGAGGAAGUACGCUAAAUGGGACAAAGACAAAGAGGAUCCCGAUUGGGGUGACCUGAAAGAAACAGAAAAACCCUUACCAACGCUCAAGAAAGUCGAAAAGAAACAAGAAACGUUCCUGAAACCGCUGGUAGAUCAGUUCGCCAAGGAAGGAAAAGAUAAAAAAGUUAUUUUUGAAGCGAAUUUCUCGAAAACGAAUUGUAAACCAAAAUGGCUCUUCAGAAAAGAUGAGCUGUUCCCUGGAUCGAAAUACAAAUUCAAGAACGAAGGGGACAUGUACCAGCUCAUAAUCUCGAACCCCAAAGUAGAAGACACGGGAAAAUACACUAUCGAAAUCGGCGGUGUCACCUGCACCGCCUUCCUUACAGUAGACGAACCAGACCCGAGCUACACCUUCACCAAACCCCUGAAGAAAAAGUACGACGGCUACACCAAACACGAAUGCGAACUCUCUUGCACGGUCAGCAGCAGCCUAGCUAUAGUAGGCUGGUACAAGGGAAGCACCAAGCUCGAGGAUAACGACAAGUUCAGCAUCUCCAAAGACAUCAACGGCGUGUGUCGUUUGACAAUCAAAGAUGCCACCUUCGAUGACGCAGGCGAAUAUACCUGCAAACUAGAGAAACAAACAGAGAAGACAGUCACUAAAGUGAAUAUAGUGGAAUACCCGUACAAGUUCGUCAAAGUUCUCAAACACCAGCAGCACGUAGAAAAAGAGAACAUAACUCUGCUCUGCGAGUUGAAUGACGCCAGCGGGGACGUCAAAUGGUUCAAAGGCGAACAAGAGAUCAAGCCCGACAAGCGAUUGGUCGUGAGCAAAGAUGGGCGCAAGCGCAAACUAGUUAUCAAAGACGCCAAAGUGACAGACGCUGGCAUGUACUCGUGUACCACCAACGCAGACAAAACUGAGGCGGAAAUAAUCGUUAAUUACUUGAACCGUUUCAACAAGAAGCUGAAAGAUACAGUGGCAGUUGAAAGGGAAAAACUCGUGCUGGAUAUCGAGCUGCAAGAUCAAACUGCCCCAGCCGAGUGGACUUUCAAUGGCAAGCCCAUAGUGCCUUCAGAAAGGAUCGAAAUAAAGAACCUGGGAGGUGGUAAGCACCAGUUGAUAUUCAACGCCCUGGAGAUGGGCGACGAUGGGGAAAUCAAAUGCGAAUCGGGUAAAUUGGAAUCGAGUAUGAUGCUUUCUGUGAAGAAAGGGGAAAGUAAGCCUCAAAUCGAUUUCCCAGCGAAUUUCGAAGCUCCAAUUAGCAGACCUAUCGUUCUCGAAGUUCCAUACAAAAUUGAUGGAACGAGACAAACGCCUCUGGAAGCUAAGCUCAUCAAAGAUGGAAAAAUUCUUCCCUUGAAAGACGUAGACGUCAUAGUGGGUGACGAUAAGGUCACAUUCAAAAUCAAAAAGCCUACAAGAGAGCAGUCCGGUCCUUACCAGAUCAAACUCUCGAACGGGCAAGGUGAAGACCUCAAAGACGUCAAGAUCACUAUGCAAGACGUUCCGAGUGCCCCACAGGAUGUGAAUGUUACAGAUAUAUUCCAAACGAAUUGCAAGGUUUCUUGGAAACCUCCACAGGACGAUGGAGGUUCUCCGCUCCUACACUAUGUAGUCGAGAGGCAAGAUAUCAGCCUCAAAGCUGGUUGGGAGAGCGUUGGCCAGAUCAAACCCAAUGAGCCGACAACUUUGAAAGUAGAAGGACUUAUACCUAAAAAAGAAUACAGGUUCAGAAUCCGAGCGGUAAACCAGCUCGGUUCAAGUGAACCAGCUCAAUUUGGUAAACCAGUAUUAGCCAAAGAUCCUUGGGAUGAAGCCAGCAAACCCAAGGACGUCCAAGUCGUCGAUUGGGAUGUUGAUCACGCUGACUUGACCUGGGUCAAGCCAGACAGUGAUGGCGGUGCUCCCAUCACAGGUUACCUAAUCGAAUUCAAAGAAAAGUUCGCCAAAGAUUGGAAGAAGGGCAUAGAAGUGCCUGGUGAGCAACUGAAAGGAACCGUACCCAAUUUGAAAGAGAAUAGCCAAUACGAGUUCAGAGUGAGGGCUAUCAACAAAGCUGGACCUGGUGAGCCUAGCGAUCCUACGAAGCCAAUCAUAGCCAAGUGUAGAUUCGUGAAACCUUUCAUCAUCGGUAACGACUUGAAUAACAUCAUUAUCAAAAAGGGUCAGGUAGCCAAAUAUGACAUAAAGUACGGUGGCGAGCCAGAACCUGAAGUGCAGUGGUUCCUGGACAAAAAAGAAAUAAAGCCUGACAUGGAAGAACGCAUCACCAUCGACAAAUACGAGAAAAACACCAUCAUCACAGUACGUCGAUGCACAAGAGCUGACAGCGGUAAAUACCGACUGGUACUCACCAACAGCUCCGGCACCUGCGAGGGUAUCGCAGAGGUCAUUGUUCUGGACAAACCCACGCCUCCUAAAGGGUUGAACGUCGAAGAAAUACGAGCCGACCACGUGAAAAUCAAAUGGCAGAAGCCGGAAGACAUGGGUGGUACCGAGCUCACUGGAUACGUCCUCGAAAAGAUGGACAUGGAUACCGGCAGAUGGAUCCCAGCUGGGGAAGUGGGACCUAACGAUGACAACUUCACCUUCAAGAAUUUGACGCCUAAGAAAAAGUAUAAGUUUAGGGUGAGAGCGAAAAAUAAGGAGGGCGAAUCGGAGCCUUUGGAGACCACUGACUUCAUUCUCGCCAAGAAUCCGUACGAUGAACCUGGCGCACCUGGUAAACCUGACAUUAUCGACUAUGAUAACAAGAGUGUCACUCUCAAAUGGGCAAAGCCAGAUAGUGAUGGUGGUCGGCCGAUCACGCACUAUACUGUGGAAAUCAAAGACAAAUUUGCUGUUGACUGGAGUCCGGCAGGAAAAACUGAAGAUGCUAAUCCGGAAAUCGUGGUUCCCGGUUUGAAAGAGAAUAUGGUUUAUCAAUUCCGUGUGGUGGCUCAUAAUAAAGCGGGGGCGAGUUUACCUUCCGAACCAACAGGAAACCACCUCUGCAAGCACAGGAACUUGAAACCCAGGAUAGACCGUGAAACGUUCAAAUCGAUCACCAUCAAGGCCGGCAGGACACACAAGUGGGCAGUGGACUUCAUGGGCGAACCUCCACCAUCAGUCAAGUGGGUGUGGCGAGACGACAUUCCAUUAACCAACACCGAACGCAUCAAAAUAGAAAACGCCGACUACCACACCGACUUCACCCUAGUGAACGCCGUACGCAAAGACACCGGCAAGUACACGCUCAUCAUCGAGAACUGCAACGGAAAAGACACGGAAACGGUCGAGCUUACGGUGCUAGGCAAGCCGGGCUCGCCGAAAGGGCCUCUAGUCGUGUCUGACGUCACUGCAGAGAAGGCUAAGAUCAGCUGGAAGAAGCCGGAAGACGAUGGCGGCAGCCCGAUCAAGGAGUACGAGAUCGAGAAGAUGGACACGGCGACAGGCAAAUGGAUCAGAGUGGGCCGUCUGCCGGCCGAUAGGAUGUCGCCGGAUGGCAAAGGAGAAUUCGAAGUCGCUGGACUCAUUCCGGGAUCGGAGUACAAGUUCAGAGUGACGGCUGUCAAUAACGAGGGCGAUUCUGAGCCGCUGGUCUCCGAAACACCGACUCUUGCCAAGAAUCCAUUCGACGAACCUGGCAAACCCGGUACCCCAGAAAUCACCGACUACGACAACAGAGGUGUCAAUCUCAAAUGGACUCCGCCAGCCAACGACGGAGGUGCUCCGAUCGAGAAAUACAUCAUCGAAAAGAAGGACAAAUUCAAACCAGACUGGGAGAAAGCUACUGAAGUCCCUGCCGACAAACUGGAAGCUCGAGUCGACGAUCUGAAGGAACGCGGCGAGUACCAAUUCAGGGUCAUUGCCGUCAACAAAGCAGGACCUGGCAAACCCUCUGAUGCUUCCCAGAUGCAAAUCAUCAAGCACAGAGCACUUAAGCCAAGGAUCGACCGGACCAAUCUCAAACCAAUCAUCGUUCGCGCCGGCAAACAAAUCAGGUACGACGUUGACGUCAAAGGCGAACCAGCUCCUACUUGCACUUGGUACCACGUCGACAAAGAAGUCAAAUCAGAGGGCAACAUCGAAAUAGUCAACGUCGAAUACAACACCAAAAUCACCAUAAACAAUUCGAUCAGAAAGAACACCGGGGUGUACAAGAUACGAGCAGAGAACACUCAUGGGUUCGAUGAGGCUGAGGUAGAGGUCACCGUGCUGUCCUCACCUUCCAAACCGAAAGGGCCACUCAAAGUAACUGAUGUUACUAAGGGCGGUUGCAAGCUGAAGUGGGACAAACCAGAAGACGAUGGCGGCAAACCAGUCACCGGUUACGUAGUUGAAAAAUUGGAUAAGCAAACAGGCCGGUGGGUUCCGGUAGGAAGAACCAACGACACCGAAAUGGAUGUCAAAGGGUUACAGGAGGGACACGAAUACGAUUUCCGCGUCAAAGCGGUCAACGAUGAAGGGGAGUCCGAACCUUUGGAAACGGACGACUCCAUAAUCGCGAAGAACCCUUACGAUAUUCCCGGCAAACCAGGAACACCCGAAAUCGAAGAUUGGGACUCCGAUCGCGUCGAUCUCAAAUGGGCGGCUCCGAAGAGCACUGGAGGUGCACCUAUCACUGGCUACGUCAUAGAAAAGAAGGAGAAAUUCUCUACCUCAUGGGACGAGAUAUUAGCGACAGAUACGCCAUCUUGUGAAGCUCGCGUGCCUGGACUCAAAGAGGGCAACACCUACCAGUUCAGAGUUCGCGCUGUCAACAAAGCAGGCCCAGGAGAACCGUCAGAUCCAACUGGCCAACACGUUGCCAAGCCUAGACACCUGCGCCCCCUCAUCAAUCGCGAGAAGCUACACACCGUCAAAGUCCGAGCAGGCCAACUGGUCAAAUUCGAUGUGGACGUCAAGGGUGAACCUCCACCGGUGUGCACCUGGAGUUUUGCUCACAAGCCUCUAGAAAACGGCGGCAACGUCAAAAUCGAAAACGAAGAUUACAACACCAAACUAGCCCUAUCCGACACCAGCAGAAAGCACACAGGAACGUACACGCUGAGAGCGGAAAACGAAUCUGGAUUCGACGAAGCACCAGUCGAGGUCAUCAUACUCGACAAGCCAGGCAAACCAGAGGGGCCUCUGGAGGUGAAUGAUGUCCACAAGGAAGGCUGUAAGCUCAAAUGGGACAAGCCCAAAGACGAUGGCGGUUUGCCCAUUUCUGGCUACGUCGUCGAAAAACAAGAUUUGGCUACGGGACGUUGGGUGCCGGCUGGAUUCGUCGACGCUGAUAAAACAGAUCUUGAAAUCACCGGUUUGGAACCAAACAAAAAGUACAACUUCAGAGUGAAAGCGGUCAAUGAAGAAGGCGAAUCCGAGCCGCUAGAAGGAGACAAUUCGAUUCUCGCCAAGAAUCCUUACGAUGUUUCAGCUCCUCCUGGUCUUCCGGAAAUCACCGACUGGGACGAGCAUUCUGUCAAACUCAAAUGGGACAAGCCCGUUAGAGAUGGAGGCUCUCCUAUCACCGGGUACGUCAUCGAAGCCAUGGAUAAAUUCAGCGGCCAGUUCGUCAAGGUUGCCGAGGUCGGACCGCAAUGCAACGGGACUGUCCCGAGACUGGAAGAAGGAAACCAAUACAAGUUUAGAGUUCGUGCCAUCAACAAGGCUGGGCCAUCUGAACCAUCCGAACAAACCAACUGGCAUACAGCCAAAGCUAGAUUCCUGAAACCACUCAUCGAUCGUACCAACCUGAAACCGCUAUCAGUAAAGGCAGGUCUAUCGAUAAGUUUGGACGUGAACAUACAAGGGGAACCCCCACCAACAGUCACGUGGCUAUUCAACGGGCAAGAAAUAACAUCGUCCGAGGAGAUGAAAAUCGAUAAUAUCGAUUACAACACAAAGUUGUUCGUCUUGAGAGGCAAAAGAGCCCAGUCCGGGAAAUACACGAUCAUAGCCAAGAACGAAGUAGGAGAAGACAGUGCCGACAUAGAGAUUUCUGUGCUGGGCAAACCUUCGUCUCCGAAGGGACCGCUAGAGGUCAGCGAUGUGACCAAGCACGGGUGCAAACUCAAAUGGAAGAAACCAGAAGACGAUGGCGGCAGUCCGAUAGAUCAUUACGAAAUUGAGAAGCUGGAUCCUCUGACAGGCCAAUGGAUAACUUGUGGCAGGAGCAAUGAGCCAGAAGCGAACAUCACGGGGUUGCAGGAGGGCAAACCUUACAAGUUUAGGGUCAAAGCCGUGAACAAGGAAGGGGAAUCUGAGCCUCUUGAAACUGAGAAAACCAUCAUUGCGAAGAAUCCGUUUGAUGAGCCUGGCAAGCCUGGCAGACCAGAGCCCAAGGACUGGGACAAGGACUUCGUGGAGCUGGCAUGGAAACCGCCAGCUAGUGACGGAGGGUCUCCAAUUGAGAAGUACAUCAUCCAAAUGCAUGACAAAGCAGGCCGUGGCUGGAUAGACGCUGCAUCAGUUCCCGGAGACAGAACCACCGGAAGAGUUGAGAAUGUCGAAGAAGGUCACGAAUACGAGUUCCGCAUUGUCGCUGUCAAUAAAGCCGGACCGAGUGAGCCUAGCGAUCCAUCGAAGUCAGUCAUUGCUAAGCCUAGAUUUUUGGCUCCGAAAAUCGAUCGCAAAAAUCUCACGAAGAAGGUUUUACGCACAGGACAACUAUUGCGGUUGGAGGCCGAUGUCAAGGGUGAACCAGAGCCAGUAGUCACUUGGACACUAAAAGAUCAACCUCUGAGAAACAACGACAGACUCAAAAUCGACAAUGAGGACUAUCACACCAGCUUCGUUUUACAAAAAGUGCAAAGAAGCGACACCGGUACAUACACCGUCACUGCAAAGAACGAUUCUGGAGUAGAUACCGUCGAUGUUGAGAUUCUGAUAAUCGAGAAACCAUCGAAACCUAAGGGACCUCUCAAAGUAUCCGAUGUCACGGCAGAUGGCUGCAAGCUGAAAUGGGAAGCACCUGAAGACGAUGGUGGCGAACCAAUAACUGGCUAUCUCGUAGAACGCAUGGACGUAGAUACGGGAAGAUGGGUCCCAGUGACGACCACGAAGACUCCAGAGGCCGAAAUAACAGGUCUCAUAGAAGGCAAGGACUAUCAAUUCAGGGUGAAAGCCAUCAACGCUGAAGGUGAAUCGGAGCCGCUCGUCACUGACGUUCCGACGACGGCUAAGAAUCCGUACACAGAACCUGAUACGCCUGGAAAACCAGAACUCAAAGACUGGUCCAAGAAUCACGCCGAUCUCAAAUGGGCUCCUCCAAAGAACGAUGGUGGUGCACCGAUCGAGAAAUAUAUAAUCGAAAAGAAAGACCCAAUUACAGGAAAGUGGCAAAAAGCUGUUGAGGUGCCAGGAAAUAAGACCGAAGCCAAAGUGCCUGAUUUGAUAGAAGGACAAAAGUAUCAAUUCCGCGUCAAAGCUGUGAAUAAGGGAGGGGACAGUAAACCUUCACCACCAUCAGAGACUAUAACGGCUAAAGACAGAUUCGUGCCACCUAAAAUCGAUAGAACUAACCUGAAAGACUUGACCGUUAGAGCGGGACAGCACAUCAGACUGGAUGUCAAAGUUAGUGGUGAACCACCACCAACAAAGACAUGGUUCUUGAACAAAGCGCGCAUCGAGAAUCGAAACGACAUCAAUGUCGACCUCGAAGAUUACAGGACGAAAUUGGUGAUAAACGUGGCAAAAAGAGAACACACUGGUACCCUAGUACUCAAGGCUGAGAACGAUUCUGGCCGAGACGAGGCCAGCAUUGAAAUCAAAGUACUAGACAAGCCAUCCAAACCAGAGGGCCCACUCAAAAUCAGCGACGUACACAAAGAAGGGUGCACGCUGAAAUGGAACCCACCGCAAGACGACGGUGGGGUACCCAUCGAAUACUAUGCCGUCGAGAAAUUGGAUACGUCCACAGGACGAUGGGUGCCCGCAGGUCGAUCCAAAGAACCGAAGAUCGAACUGAACAACUUGGAACCGGGUCAGGAAUACAAGUUCAGAGUGUCGGCGGUGAAUGCCGAGGGAGAAUCCGAGCCUUUGGAGGCGGAACAAACGAUAGUAGCGAAGAAUCCGUUCGACGAACCGGGAGCCCCCGGAACACCCGAGGUGACAGAUUGGGAUAAGGAUCGUGUCGACUUGAGAUGGACUCCACCAGUCAACGAUGGUGGAUCUCCAAUCACCGGAUACGUUAUCGAGAAGAGAGAGAAAGGGUCGCCUAAAUGGACGAAGGCAGGCGAAACUGGGCCGUACGAAACGAAGGGUACCGUCGAUAAUUUGGACGAGGGCGUCGAGUACGAAUUCAGAGUGAGAGCUGUCAACGCUGCAGGUCCUGGCGAACCGAGCCAAGCGUCCAAAUCAGUCAUCACGAAGCCGAGAAGACUGGCUCCUAAGAUCGAUCGCCGCAACCUGGUUAACUUGACAGUCAAAGAAGGCGAGCCGAUUUACAUUGAUGUCAAAGUCAGUGGUGAACCGGCUCCCGACGUCACAUGGUACCAAGACGGAAGGACUGUCACCAGCACGUCACAUAAACGUAUCGAUAAUAUCCCAUAUAACUCCAAGUUCUUCAACGACAAACCCGAAAGGAAGGACACUGGAGUUUAUAAAAUAGUCGCCAUCAACAAAUACGGACAGGAUCAAGCUGAGAUCGAAAUAACAGUAGUUUCCAAGCCAGGACAACCCGAAGGACCAUUGGAAGUUUCUGAUAUCCAUAAAGACAACUGCACAUUGAAAUGGAAGAGGCCAAAAGAUGACGGAGGUGAACCGAUUGAAAAUUACGUGGUUGAAAAAUUCGACCCCGAAACUGGAAUAUGGUUGCCUGUCGGUAAAACGAGUGGUGCCAUACCAGAAAUGAAAGUAGAAGGACUCAUUCCUGGACACGAAUAUAAGUUUAGAGUAAAAGCAGUGAACAAGGAAGGAGAAUCGGAGCCUCUUGAAACUGCAGGAACGAUCGUAGCCAAAGAUCCUUACACUAUUCCUGCCAAACCGGGUGCUCCUGAACCUCAUGAUUGGUCAGCUAAUCACGUUGACCUGAAGUGGGCUCAGCCUGUUUCAGAUGGAGGAGCACCAAUUACCGGUUACAUCAUCGAAAUGAAAGAUAAGUACAGUCCCAUGUGGGAGAAGGCCCUAGAAACAACAUCUCCUAAUCCGACUGCAUCGAUCAAUGGGCUCAUCGAAGGUAACGAAUAUCAGUUCAGAGUGAUUGCCCUUAACGACGCUGGACCUAGCCCACCCUCUGAUGCCAGUAAAACAUUCACAGCCAAACCCAGAUUCUUGGCUCCCAAAAUUGACAGAAGAUAUCUCCACGAUGUAACGAUCUCAGCGGGAUCACCGCUGAAAUUCGAAGCUAACAUCAUCGGUGAACCACCGCCGACUGUGGAGUGGCGUUUCAAUGGAAGUCUCAUCAAGAACGACAACCGCACGACAGUCGACAACGUAGACUAUAAUACCAAGGUCGCCAUCCGUCCCGUCAACCGUGACGACACUGGCGAAUACAAGGUGACGGCCUCCAACAGCUCUGGAAAAGAUAGCCACGUCAUCAACGUUACUGUCACCGACAAACCUACACCGCCACAGGGCCCGCUGCAAGUAUCUGACGUCAACAAGAACGGUUGCAAGCUCAAGUGGAAGCGCCCUAAAGAUGAUGGCGGUACUCCAAUCGAAUACUACCAGGUCGACAAAAUGGAUCCAGAAACUGGAGUCUGGGUUCCGUGUGGCAGAUCCACUGAUCCAAACUUCGAGGUGACUGGACUGACUCCAGGACACGAGUACAAGUUCAGAGUAGCAGCAGUCAACGCCGAAGGAGAAUCCAAACCAUUGGAAACUGAAACGGCCAUCGUUGCUAAAAAUCCGUUCGACGAACCGGGUGCACCUGGACAUCUCAAAGCCACUGACUGGGAUAAAGAUCACGUGGACCUUGCCUGGACUCCCCCGAAAGACGACGGAGGUUCACCGAUCACCGGAUACGUCAUCGAAAAGAAAGACAAGUUCGGCGAUUGGGAGAAAGCUCUCGAAGUGCCAGGAAACGAGCUCAAGGCCACUGUAUCCGAUCUCAUCGAAGGACAGCCUUACCAGUUCCGAGUGCGUGCUGUCAACGCAGCUGGCCCUGGUGACGCUAGCAAUGAAACACCUACGAUCAUCGCCAAGCCACGUAAUCUCGCUCCGAUGAUAGACAGAACCAACCUCAUCGAGGUCAAGAUACGUGCUGGCCAAAACUUCAACUUCGACGUUAAGGUAACCGGUGAACCGAUGCCUACGACGAAAUGGUUAAUGAAGAAUAAGGAAAUCAAGAGCGGAGACGGAACUAAAGUGCAACACGGAGACUACAAUACCAAGAUUAGUGUACGCAAUGCUACGCGCGCUGAAUCUGGGACUUACACUAUCACCGCAGAGAACGUGAACGGCAAAGACAUCGCCGAAGUCGAAGUCAUCGUACUGGACGUACCAAGUCCGCCAGGAGGCCCGUUGAAGGUGUCCGAUGUGCAUGCCAACGGGGCCAAACUGAGUUGGAGGCCACCCGCAGACGAUGGCGGUCAACCAAUCGAUAGGUACGUAGUGGAAAAAAUGGACGAGGCAACUGGACGUUGGGUCAAUGCCGGCGAAACUGACGGCCCCGAGACAUCCUUAGCUGUCGAUGGAUUAGUCCCCGGACACAAAUACAAGUUCAGGGUGAGGGCUGUCAACAGACAAGGUAAGUCGGAGCCUCUACAAACCACCCAAGCAGUUGAGGCAAAGAAUCCGUUCGACGAACCUGGCAAAACGAAUGCUCCGGAAAUCACCGAUUACGAUUCAGACUUCGUGGAACUCAAAUGGGACAAACCUGAGAAUGAUGGAGGAUCGCCAAUCACGGGAUAUAUCAUCGAAAAACGUGAUAAGUUUAAUCCUAACUGGGAAAAAUGCUCGGAAGUGGAAGGCGAUGUACCGAAAGGCAAAGUGAAGAAUCUCAUCGAAGGAACCCCAUACGAGUUCAGAAUACGUGCCGUUAACAAGGCAGGACCUGGUGAACCGAGUGACGCAUCUAAAAUCCAUGUAGCCAGACCCAAGAAUCUUGCUCCACGAAUCGACAGAAAUCACUUCAUGGACCUCAAAGUCAAGGUUGGGUCGUCAAUCGAAUUCAACGUUCCGGUUAUUGGUGAACCACCACCAUCGAAGGAAUGGAAACAUAAAGAGGAUGUAUUAUUCAACAACGAUCGUGUCAAAAUUGUAAACGAAGAUUACAAAACAAGCAUCAAGAUCAUCGACGCUAAGCGCUCUGAUAGUGGACCAUACACUUUGACAGUCAAGAACGCGAACGGACGAGAUGAGGCGACAGUUAAAGUCACCGUCCUAGAUGUACCAACACCUCCGGAAGGCCCACUGCGAGCAGACAAUGUCACCAAGAAUGCGAUGACCUUACACUGGAAACCACCGAAAGAUAACGGCGGCUCCGAGAUAUCUCAUUACACCGUAGAAAAACUGGACACUGAAAACAUGAGAUGGGUGCCAGUCGGUGAUGCAAUAGGCACCUCUAUGAGAGUUGAUCAUCUCACUGAAGGACACGACUAUCAAUUCAGAGUGAGAGCUUGCAAUAAGGAAGGUGAUUCAGCACCUCUCAACACUACCGAAGCCAUAACUGCCAAAGAUCCGUUCACUAGACCAGACAGGCCCGGAGUGCCGCAAGCGACAGAUUGGGACAAAGACCACGUUGAUCUGGAAUGGGCCCCACCGAAGAAAGAUGGCGGAGCACCAAUCACCGAGUAUAUUGUCGAAAAGAGGCCAAGACACGGAACUUGGGAAAGAGCCUGUGAAGUUCCCGGAAAUACUAAUAAAGCAACAGUACCUAAUCUGGUAGAAGGAGAGGAGUACGAAUUCAGAGUUAUUGCCGUUAACAAGGGUGGACAUAGUGAACCAAGUGAAGCCAGUCUGCCAGUGUUAGCUAAGCCGAGGUUCCAAGCACCGAUGUUCAAUAAGAACCUUCUGGAAGAUAUCACAGUUAGGGUUGGCAAACGCUUUGGUUGGACAAUUCCAAUAGAGGCAUCGCCAAAACCAACCGCUAAGUGGACUCUGAACGGCAAGGAGAUUAGAAGCGAUGAGAGAAUCGACAUGGCUGUUUACAACAACAAAGUGUCCUUUGAUAUCUCAUCAGCUUUGCGUUCUGAUGCCGGAAGAUAUUCCCUUACUCUCACCAACGAUUUGGGUAGUUUUACGGCAUCAGCUCAAGUGACCGUGUUAGACAAACCUAGUCCGCCACAGCCGCCCCUGGAUGUCAGUAGCGUCACAAAAGAUAGUGCCAGGCUCUCCUGGAAAAUACCUUUGGACGAUGGCGGUUCUCCUAUUUUGCAUUACAUCGUCGAAAAAAUGGAUGUGUCACGUGGUACCUGGUCCGAUGCAGGAAUGGCCACAAUCACAUCGCAUGACAUCACCAGAUUGAUUCACCGCAAAGAGUACUACUUCAGAGUGAAGGCUGUCAAUAUCGUCGGAGAAUCAGAGCCACUAGAAACACCUAGAAGUAUCAUCGCUAAGAACGAAUUUGAUGAGCCAAGUGCUCCUGGUAAACCUGCCGUCACCGAUUGGGACAAGGAUCAUGUAGAUUUGGAAUGGACUCCACCUAAGAGCGAUGGUGGUUCCCCUAUUACUGGAUAUAUCAUCCAGAAGAAGGAAAAGGGCAGUCCAUACUGGACAAAUGCUGCACAUGUACCAUCUACUAAAAAUAAGGCGACCGUUCCAGACCUUACAGAAGGCCAAGAAUACGAAUUCAGAGUGAUAGCAACGAAUCCUGCUGGUCAGAGCGAACCUUCUGAACCAUCUGAUUUGGUAACAGCCAAGGCUAGAUUCAUGCCUCCUAAGAUAAAAUCACCACUCAAUGAUAUUCGUAUCAAGGCAGGACUGAUUCUUCACAUAGAUAUCGACUUCAUUGGAGAACCAUGUCCAGAAGUAUCAUGGACUAUUGGCAGUAAACCAUUGUCAGCUGAUGAACGUACUACUGUUACCUCUAUCGGUUAUCACACUACAAUACAUACUGUGAAUGCUAAGCGUUCUGACAGUGGUUUGUAUCAUAUAUUACUCAAAAAUAGUUCGGGAAUUGAUGAAGGGUCAUUCCAAGUGACUGUAUUAGAUCGUCCUGGACCACCACAGAGACCUAUUGAAUAUGAGGAAGUAACAGCUCAAAGCGUAACUUUGUCAUGGAAACCACCUAAAGAUAAUGGUGGUAGCGAAAUAACUGGAUAUGUAAUUGAGAAGAGAGAUUUGACACAUGGCGGUGGUUGGGUACCUGCUGUGAACUACGUUAAUCCCAAGUACACGCAUUCAGUAGUCCCAAGGUUAUUAGAAGGCACAAAAUAUGAAUUCAGAGUAUUCGCAGAAAAUCUACAAGGACGCUCUGAUCCUCUAGAUACCGAGAGACCAAUUGUGGCAAAGAACCAAUAUGAUGUUCCUGGCAAACCUGGCAAACCAGAACUUGUCGAUAGUGACAAAGAUCACAUCAAAAUCAAAUGGACACCGCCAAUUAGCAAUGGCGGAUCGCCCAUAGUUGGUUACGAUAUUGAACGUAGGGACCGUGCUACCGGUAGAUGGGUGAAAAUAAAUAAGGAACCCAACCGUAGUACGGAAUACUAUGACGAUAGGGUCCAGGAAGGUCACCAAUACGAAUAUAGGGUAUCCGCCGUGAAUGCUGCUGGACCUGGAAAACCGAGUGACACUUCAAGCGUCUUCACUGCCAAACCUAUGAAAGAAAAACCAAAGUUGUGGCUUGAUGGAAUCAUUGGGCGUAAAAUUAAAGUCCGAGCAGGAGAGCCCAUCAAUAUCAACAUACCACUUUCUGGUGCCCCGGCACCGAAAUGUGAAUGGACCAAGAACAAAGUUAAUGUACCUGAGUCGAACAGAGUAUACAGUGAAACAACAAGUGAAAACACAAGGCUUCGCGUCGAAGUCUCAAACAGAGACGAUACAGGCACCUACACCAUCCGUGCCUCUAACGAAUAUGGAACGGAUGAAGCAGACAUCGAGGUGAUAGUAGUAGAUAAACCUGGCAUCCCAAGAGGCCCUCUACAAUAUACGGCAACAACCCAAGACACGAUAUCACUGUCUUGGAACCCACCUGAAGAUGAUGGUGGUGGCGAUCUAACCGGAUACAUAGUGGAAGUCAGUGAAUUUGGCACAGACAGCUGGAGACCAUGUCCAGGAUUCUGUCCUAGACCAUCCUUCACAGCCCGCGGCUUGACAGAAGGAAAGAAAUACGUGUUCAGAGUUCGCGCUGAAAAUAUUUAUGGCGUUUCGGAACCGUUGGAAGGCAAGCCAGUUGUCGCUAAGAGCCCAUUCGAUCCACCAGGGGCUCCGAGCCAACCAGAGGUUACCGCUUACUCUGCUUCUUCUUGCUCUCUGAAAUGGAACCCGCCAGUUUCUACAGGUGGAAAGCCUAUCACAGGGUACUAUGUCGAGAAACGUGAACGUGGAGGUGACUGGGUCAGGGUCAACAACUACCCAACUCCGAACACCCAGUAUUCGGUUCCAGACCUGCGCGAAGGCAACAAAUACGAGUUCCGCGUCACUGCUGUCAAUGAAGCUGGUCCAGGCGAGCCCAGCAAACCCACUGAGCCCAUCAUUGCCCAACAUCAAAGGUUUAAGCCAGACGCUCCGGAACCGCCAAAAGCAGACAGAAUCACCAAAGACAGUGUCACCCUAUCGUGGAGGCCCCCGAGAAGCGAUGGCGGAUCUAAAAUCAAGGGAUACAUCCUACAAAAACGCCCUGUCGGUACCGACAAUUGGACUGAUGUGAACAGUACUCCAGUCAAUGAUACCGUCUACACAGUACCGAAUCUGAAGGAAGGUGAAACUUACCAAUUCAGGCUCGUGGCUGUCAAUGACGUCGGAAGAUCUGAACCAAGCAGACCUAGCAGUAACAUCAAGGUUGAAGAACAAGCAAACAAACCUUGCAUGGAUUUGGGAGGCGUUCGUGAUAUCACAGUGAAGGCUGGUGAAGAUUUCAGUAUUCAUGUACCGUAUGUCGGAUUCCCCAAGCCGACUGCUUCGUGGUUCGCCAAUGACAGACAACUCGACGAAUCUGAUGGAAGGGUAUUUCCGCAACUCGCAGACGAUUAUGCAAGUAUCAUUGUAAAGAACUCGAAACGCAACGACAGCGGACAGUACAGAUUGCAACUUAGAAAUCCAUCUGGAUUCGAUACCGCUACUAUAAACGUCAGGGUCUUAGAUAGACCAGGAAAACCUGAGAAUCUCAGAGCAGACGAAUUCGCUGGCGAUUCACUAACCCUCUACUGGCAACCACCAAGGGACAAUGGCGGUGCGGACAUCACCAAUUAUAUCAUAGAAAAGAAAGAAGCCAAAUCUCAAACUUGGUCUAAAGUCAGCAGUUACGUUACUGUGCCGUUCGUUAGGAUUCGUAACCUAACACUCGGCAAAGAUUAUGACUUCAGAGUGAUCGCAGAAAACCAGUAUGGACAAUCCGAGCCAGCAGUAACCAGCGAACCGAUCCGUGCUAGACAUCCAUUCGAUCCUCCGGGUGCUCCAGGGGUUCCGAGAGGCAUCGAAACCACCGAAGAUUCCAUCACGAUCACUUGGGGUAAACCACGUCACGAUGGUGGUUCACCUAUUACAGGUUAUGUAGUAGAAAAGCGUCUGAUCACCGAAGAUAAAUGGACCAAGGCGACUCACGCCCAAGUUCCGGAUCUAACUCUGAAGGUCAUCAACUUGAUCGAGAACCACGAAUACGAAUUCAGAGUAGCAGCUUUGAACGCAGCCGGACAGGGACCUUGGAGUUCCGCGUCCGAUGCUAUUUGCGCGAGAGCAGCGCCAUCUGCUCCUAAGAUCACUUCAGAUCUGAGCAUCAGAGAUAUGAUUGUCAUUGCUGGUGAAGAACUGAAGAUCACAGUACCGUUCGUGGCGACACCGAAGCCUAGAGCUUCAUGGGCAAUCAACGGUGACGAAGUUAUCUCAGAUAGCAGAAUCAAAAUGGACACCACCGACAUUGCUUCGGUAUUCCACAAUAAAUCGGCCAAACGAUCAGAUACCGGCAGCUAUACCAUCAAACUCACGAACUCGGAAGGCUCAGACUCCGCAUCCUGCAGAGUUCUUGUGGUGGACAGGCCUCUGGCUCCUCAGGGCCCACUAGAUAUAUCCGAUAUAACACCUGAUAACUGUUCAUUGGCGUGGAGGCCACCAGCAGAUGAUGGUGGAUCACCUAUCACGAACUACAUCGUUGAAAAAUUAGACACCAACGGAAUCUGGGUGAAAGUCAGUAGCUUCGUACGCAACACUCAUUACGAUGUUAUGAGCUUAGAACCGAAUAAAAAAUACAGUUUCAGAGUGAGAGCCGAGAAUCAAUACGGCAUCAGCGAACCAUUAGAAAGUACUGAGCCGAUAACUGCCAAAUAUCCAUUCACAGUACCCGAUGCACCAGGAGCACCGCGGGUCACAGACUGGGAUACCUCAACGAUCUAUCUAUCAUGGGACCGACCAUCAAACGAUGGAGGUUCGCGUAUUCAAGGUUACAAACUCGAAUACCGUGACAUCGCUCACGAUACUCAUUGGCAGAGUGCCAGCGAUUAUUUGAUUAAAGAAACUCAUUUCGAUUUGUUCAAUAUGACCAGUGGACACGAAUACGAGUUCAGGGUGAGGGCGAAAAACGCUGCUGGCUUUAGCAAACCGUCCGCCUCAUCGUCUACCUUCAAACUCAAAGGUAAAUUCAACGUUCCAUCUGCUCCACGCAAUCCCAAGGUCAUCAACGUCGGUAAGGGUUACGUCGAUCUCACUUGGGAGCCACCAACCAAUGACGGUGGUUCGAGAAUCACCGGUUACAUUAUCGAAAAACGAGAAAUAGGAUCGCCCCUGUGGACCAAGUGUAACGAUUAUAAUGUUACAGACACUAGCUAUACAGUUCUGAACCUGACUGACCGCUCGGAAUACGAAUUCAGAAUUUAUGCUGUCAAUUCGGCUGGCAGAAGCGAAGCAAGUAACUGCACUACACCUGUCAAAGUAUGCGAAAUUCUGGGAGGUGAAAAACCGGAAUGGUUGCGUCGUCUGAACAACACGUCUGCGCCGUUGACUAAAUCAGUCACUCUGGAAUGUGAAGCAUACGGAAAACCAGAACCAGCCUUCAGGUGGAUCAAGAACGGACGCGAGAUCAAGAUUGGAGGUAGAUUCAGAACCGAAGUGAAAGGAGGAACAGCAUUUUUACAUAUUUCUGAUCUGCUGGACAUCGAUGAAGGCGAUUACACUUGUGAGGCGAGCAAUACCCUUGGAUCUGUCACAACGACUGCACGUCUGAAGAUAGGAACACCACCCAAAAUCGACCGUCUACCAGGAGAUUUGUAUUUGGCUGAAGGAGACAACACCAAGAUCAAAAUUUACUAUUCUGGAGAUCAGCCACUCGACGUGACAUUGACCAGGAACGGACAAAUAAUCGACGAUACAACACAUAUAAGAUUCACUGUGUUCGAUGACUAUAUUAUAAUUUUUAUCAAGGAUAUCACCAAGUUAGACGCUGGCGAUUACAAUUUGACUGUGAAGAAUGACAGCGGAAGUGCUUCCGGAAGCUUCACUGUAUACAUCACCGGAUUACCAGGUCCGCCAACUGGACCGCUGGAAACCACCGACAUCACCAAACACACCUGCAGACUCGCUUGGAAGCCGCCUAGCUAUGAUGGUGGCCUCAGAGUAACACAUUACGUCAUCGAAAGAAAGGACGUUUCCGGAACACACUGGAUAACGGUGUCUAGUUCCUGCAGAGAAACCAACUUCACCGUGCAAGGACUGACCGAAGGUCAAGAAUACUUGUUCCGAGUGAUGGCUGUGAAUGACAAUGGAAUGGGUCCAGCUCUCGAAGGCGUCAACCCAGUCAAAGCUAGAGCUCCAUUCGACCCACCGGGCCCACCUGGCAUACCCAAAGUAACCCAAGUCGGAGGCGACUUCGUUAAUCUCGAAUGGACCAAGCCCGAAACCGACGGUGGUUCUCGUGUCCAAGGAUACUGGAUAGACAAGCGCGAAGCAGGCAGUCUAGCGUGGCAACGAGUCAACGUCUCCCUUUGCCUACCAACGCAAAUCAAUCUGUCGAAUCUGAUCGAAGGACGCAAGUACGAGUUCAGAGUAUUUGCCCAAAAUAUAGCAGGCAUUUCGGAACCAUCCUCGGCUUCUUCGAUUGUGGAGAUCAAAGACCCACUUGCUGCAACUCCACCUGAGAUCAUAAAACCGUUGAAAGACGCUCAGUGUAUUCAGAAUCACAACGCUAAAUUCGAAUGUACGAUCAUCGGUAGCCCUGCUCCUCACAUAACAUGGUACAAGGGAGCGAGAGAAAUCACGAAUGGUUCCAGAUACCACAUUUACAGUGAAGGAGAAGUACACCAUCUGGUUAUCCACGAUAUCUUCGGUGAAGACGCCGAUGAGUACGUGUGCAGGGCGGUUAACAAAGCUGGAGUAAAAUCUACCCGUGCGGAACUGUUGAUAAUGACUGCUCCUAAAUUGAAUAUACCGCCACGUUUCCGUGACUCGGCAUACUUCGACAAGGGAGAAAACGUCGUCAUCAAAAUUCCCUUCACCGGGUUCCCCAGGCCUAAGAUUACGUGGGUGAGAGAAGGAGAAGUCAUCGAAUCUGGCGGCCAUUACCACGUCGAGGUGAAGGACCGGCACGCCAUUCUCACGAUUCGCGAUGCCAGCAAAUUGGACAGCGGGCCGUACAGAAUAACAGCCGAGAACCAGCUGGGACAAGAUACUGCGAUAAUAAAGAUUCAGAUAGCAGAUCGUCCAGAUCCGCCUCGAUUCCCUGCAGCUGACAACAUCGGAACUGACUCCCUGGCUCUGUCGUGGAAAGCCCCUGUAUGGGAUGGCGGCAGCAACAUAACAAAUUACGUCGUUGAAAGGCGUGAACAUCCUCUGACUACUUGGAUAAGGGUUGGAAAUACACGACUGACUACUAUGGCUGUCAGCGGGCUUGCUCCCGGACAUCAAUACGAGUUCAGGAUAUUCGCUGAGAACAUAUACGGACGUUCUGACCCGUCGGACGUCAGCAACUUGAUAGCUACCAAAGACACCAAGAAGAAACAAGUACAAAAGAGGAAAUACGAAGUGGACGAGAACGGCAAAAAGAUACGAGAAUCGCACAAAGAGCCUAUCAAAGACUACGACAACUACGUGUUCGAUAUUUACUCCAAGUUCGUUCCACAGCCAGUGGAAAUCAAGGGCAGAUCCGUGUACGAUGACUACGAUAUUCUGGAAGAAAUCGGAACGGGUGCCUUUGGAGUCGUCCAUCGUUGUCGUGAAAGAAAAACCGGUAACAUUUUCGCUGCGAAGUUCAUUCCAGUGUCACAUGCUAUGGAAAAAGAGUUGAUACGCAAAGAAAUCGAUAUAAUGAACCACCUGCACCAUCCUAAGCUCAUUAAUUUACAUGACGCCUUCGAAGACGACGAUGAGAUGGUCCUGAUAUACGAGUUCUUGUCAGGAGGCGAAUUGUUCGAGAGAAUCACCGCCGAAGGUUACCAGAUGUCUGAAGCUGAAGUUAUCAAUUACAUGAGGCAGAUCUGCGAGGGCAUCAAACACAUGCACGAAAGGAAUAUCAUCCACUUGGAUAUCAAACCUGAGAAUAUUAUGUGUCAAACACGCAAGAGUACCAACAUCAAACUGAUAGACUUUGGACUAGCAACCAAACUAGAUCCGAAUGAAGUCGUGAAAAUUUCUACGGGGACAGCUGAAUUUGCUGCACCCGAGAUUGUGGAAAGGGAACCGGUAGGGUUCUACACGGACAUGUGGGCUGUGGGUGUUUUAGGUUAUGUAUUAUUGAGUGGACUGUCUCCGUUUGCGGGAGAAAAUGAUAUUGAAACUUUGAAGAAUGUGAAAGCGUGCGAUUGGGACUUUGACGAAGAGGCAUUCGUUAACGUUUCGGAAGAAGGAAAGGACUUCAUCCGUCGCUUGUUGAUGAAAAAUAAAGAGAAAAGAAUGACUGCUCAAGAAUGUUUGUUACACGCAUGGCUCAGUGGCGAUCACAGUGAUAGAACACAAGUGAUCGACCGAUCAAGAUAUAUUCGCAUGCGCGAUAGGAUACGAGCCAAAUAUGACGCAUGGGAUUCUUUCACCUUGCCGAUUGGCAGGUUAUCUGAAUACUCCUCUUUGAGGAAACUGUUGAUAGAGAAGUAUAAAAUACAUGACGCCUACUUCGAUCGAAGACAAGCUGCCCCAAGAUUCGUGAUCAAACCACAAAGCGCUUUCUGUUACGAAGGACAAAGUGUCAAAUUCUAUUGUAGGGUCAUUGGAGUUGCCACUCCAACAGUCAGUUGGUAUCACAACAACGUAGAAUUGAGACAAAGUGUCAAAUUCAUGAAGAGGUACGCUGGUGAUGACUAUUACUUCAUAAUAAACAGGGCAAGGCUUCAAGACCGAGGAGAGUACAUCAUAAGAGCCGAAAAUCAUUACGGAUCCAGAGAAGAAGUUGUUUUCCUGAACGUUCAACCUUUGCCGAGAGUGGUUCCAGAGUACAAACCAGAAGCUCAAGUGGUCAGACGAAGAGAACCUUUGCCGUAUACCUUCUGGCAAGAAGAACAAGAAUGCGCACCCAGUUUCACUUUCAUGCUCAGACCUAGAGUCAUGCAGGAGCGUGACACCUGUAAAUUAUUGUGUUGCUUGAGCGGCAAACCAUUCCCUACUGUCAAAUGGUACAAGGACAAACGUGAACUUAGUAAAUACGAAUAUUCCAUGUCGCACUCAGAUGGUGUGAUAACGAUGGAGAUCAGUGGAUGCAGACCGAUCGAUUCUGGCAAAUACACGUGUGUAGCUACGAACGUCCACGGACAAGAUGAAACAUCAUGUGUAGUUAUUGUCGAAGGUCAAACCACGACAGAAGAACAGACAGCCUUAGCGAACAAACUAUUAUAUUCAGGCGACAGAAAAUACAUCGAACAUCCCAUAAAGCCAGCGCCAGUGCCGGUCACUAUCAGAAAACAAGUUACAUCUACUCCAAAUCCCAUUCAACCCAGAGCGAAUAACCCUAGCAUGAACAGUUUGGUACAUUCUUCCUCCAACCUCAGUGUGGGAGACGGCGAUAAGCGAACGCCCAGGAAAUAUGGAAGGUUAGAUUCUACUGGGAGCCCAAACAGAUCUAGAAGUGCUACCAAAGAAUUAGCCCUUCCUCCAGAUGAUUCCACGAUGUGUAAGCCAGACUUCACGAAAACUCUGAGUGACCUCACUAUAAAUGACGGUGAGAGCUUAACUCUCACAGCGCAUGUGAAAGGUGAUCCUGAUCCUCAAAUCAUCUGGAACAAGAAUGGCAAACUACUCAGCUCGUCCGAAGUGAUUGAUCUCAAAUACAAAAAUGGAAUAGCUAAGCUGCAUAUCAAUGAAGUAUAUCCAGAGGACGAGGGAGAAUAUGUAUGCAAAGCUACCAACUCAAUUGGAACUGCUGAAACGAAGUGCAAACUAACAAUAAAACCUAUGGCCAAUGCCACGAAUGGCCACAAGAAAAGUUCAGAAGACAAACCUCCUAGGAUAGUGAGCCAUCUCAAAUCAGCCUUCGUGAACGACGGUGAAUCCGUCACGCUGUCUUGCCGAGUGAUAGGUUCGGACAAAUUCGACGUGGUCUGGUUGCACAACAACAAGGAGAUCAAACCGUCAAAAGAUUUCCAGUACACAAACGAGACCAACAUUUACAAAUUGAUCAUAGCCGAGAUAUUCCCCGAGGAUUCCGGCGCGUACACUUGUGAGGCUUUCAACGACGCCGGCGAAAGUUUCAGCAGCUGUACCCUCAACGUAAUUGUUCCAGGGGAACAACCGAAGAGUCCAGUUUUCAAAACAUUCCCGAUUUCCGCCACGGUAUCCGAAGGUGAAUCGGCAACCUUCGUAGCAGAAACAGAGGACGACCCGCUGCAGAUAAAUUGGCUCAAAGAUGGAAAACCAAUCAAAGAGAGCAGCACGAAAUACAAUUUCACAGCAGACGGGAAACGUUACACCCUACAAAUCCAGUCGUGCAAUUCGAAUGAUAUCGGACAGUACCAGGCCAAAGCCGUGGGCAGAAAAGGGGAAACUUUCGCGGCAUUCUCAAUGAACGUUGUACCAGCAGGCGAAAUUUAAAGCUCUGACUCAUUUGAAAACGCUGACUUUAACGAACGACUUGCUCCAAAAAAAUUAAUGUAACAUAUAGUUUAAAAUAAUAUAUUUUUAAGAGUUUUAUAUGAACAUUUCAUGAAGGACUGGUGCCAACUGAAAAUUCACACUUUGUCAUUGGCGUCCUCUACUUUCUCAACAUCUCCGCAGUGACAAAUUGAGAGUUCUCAGUGAACGCCAGCCCGAAUGCUAUUCAGUCGCAUUGUUCAGCUAUACUUAAUUUGUACGAAAAGGAGCAGAACUGUCGACAUCUUGAUUUUACAGUAUGGAAAGAGAAAUUUCUUUUAUUUUGGUGUGGAAGUGCUUCAGCCAUUUUCUCCAUCGCGCCAUCAUUAUUCAUUAUUUGUCAUUCAACGAACAUUACUGCUUUUCCAAAUGCACAAAGGCCCACUCUAUAUUGUACCAUAAAAUGUAAACAAGAAAAAUAUAUAAUUAUUUUUUAA